CCUAACGACAUAGUACAGAACGGCCUGUUAAGUGAGAUUAAGGCGCUUCAUGACCUUUCUGGACUUCUUCGACGGGAUGGCCAAUCAAUAGAUCAUACUUUUGGUGUGUUCCAAUCCAUCGGAUUUAAGGAGUUCCAAGAUUACCUUUUGUCUCCUACGGAUGGUCUCUUCAAGGACGGAGUUGUCUCAACGAAACGGGCGACUCAAAAAUAUGCGACCUAUCAACUCAAAUGGAUUAGGCGAAAAUUACUCCCUCUGGUUCUUAAUGUCCCAGACGCCCAUACGUACGUUCUGGAUACAAGUGAGAAGAAGGCCAUCGAUCUCACUAACAGGUUUCUACGGCAUGACGAGCUUCCAACCCCCGGAGAUGUCGAAUCAAUAGCCGACGCAUUGCUGAAUGAAUCGCAAUCAUUGAGCAAGUAUGUGACUCCUCUUGAGAUGGUAACAAUAUCUUACCUCCAAAGACCCUCUGAUGCAUUGCUAGCCCAUAGAAAGGUCACCUGUGAAUUGUGCAGUGUCAACACAAACGAGCCUUUCUUGGUGAAUGCUGAGGAAUGGCCACAGCACCUGAAGAGCAAGG